GACGAAGGUAAUCAAUAAGUAAAGUUACUGUCUGUACGCUUGAAUUAUAUCAUUAUCAUGACAGGACGCGGCAAAGGAGGUAAGGGUCUUGGAAAGGGCGGAGCAAAGCGUCAUCGUAAAGUGCUCCGAGAUAACAUUCAAGGAAUCACCAAACCGGCUAUUCGUCGAUUAGCUCGACGUGGCGGUGUAAAACGUAUAUCAGGCCUCAUAUAUGAAGAAACCCGUGGUGUGUUAAAGGUGUUUUUAGAAAACGUUAUCCGUGAUGCUGUAACAUAUACCGAACACGCCAAGAGAAAAACGGUAACUGCCAUGGAUGUAGUAUACGCUCUAAAGAGACAAGGACGUACUCUGUACGGUUUUGGAGGUUAAUCCAACGUCUGAUUACUUCAUAAUUGUUAAUAUUUUAAUUCACCUAAAACAGCCCUUUUCAGGGCUACCAAUUGGUAUUU